AUGGACGGCAAGGGCAUGACGGCGGCGAUCGAUAACAAUGAUUCUUCCUUGGCUAUUCAAUCUUCAAAUCCAAAUGAGCAAAAACAAGGAGAUGAUGUUAGAGAAUAUGAGGAAAUAAAUUAUGGUGAUUUUAAUGAAGUUAAUGAUGGAGGCCUUGAAGGUGAUAAUGUUCAUAACUUGGAUGCUAAUGUGGGGGUUAAUGAUGAUGGUAUAGAAAAUGAAAAUAUAGAGGUUGGAGAUGAAAAAGGUGAUGAUGAGAAGGAAUGUGAAAAGAAUGAUGAUCAAGAACAAUUUCAAAGGAAGAAAAGAAAGAGGGUAUCAAAAGCCCACUUUGAUUUUACUAAAGUUACUGCAAAGGAUGAAAGUAUAAAGCUACAAUGUAUACAUUGUAAAACACUCCUUUCUAAGUCGGCGUCUCCUACAACAACUCAUCUUUGGAACCAUUUGAAUAGGUGUACACAAAAGAAGCUUCAAACAAAAAAUCAAAAAACCUUGCAAUUUCAGAAUGCAAAAUCCAAGUUUGAGACACCUCCUUUGUCCGAUGGUAAAUAUGAUUAUACAAAGCAAAGAGAAGCUAUUGCUCAUUGGAUUCUGAUGAACAAGCAACCGUUAAGUGCUGUGGAAAAUUUUGGCUUUAAUUUCAUGAUGAAUGUUAAUCUUCCACAAUAUGAGAAAGUCUCUCGUGCCAUGGCAAAGAAUGACGUCAUUACUGUUUAUGAAAUAGAGAAGAAAAAGUUACAAUUGCUAUUAAGAACCAUCAAUAAGAUAUCAUUGACCACUGAUAUUUGGAAGUCUAAGGUGCAAAAGGUUUCAUAUAUGUGUGUCACUGGACACUUUGUUGAUUCAAAUUGGCAACUUCAAAAGCGUGUACUUAGUUUCAUGCCUCUUCCUCCUCCGCAUACUGGUGUUGAUAUCAUUGAUGGGGUUAUGAAGUCCACAAAGGAUUGGGGAAUAGAGCAUAAAAUCUUCACUAUUUUAGUGGACAAUGCUUCAAACAAUGAUGUUGCAGUUAGAAUUUCCAAACAAACUUUCUCCAGGAGUCAUAAGCUACCUUUGGGUGGUAAGCUAUUUCAUGUGAGAUGCACUGCUCAUAUAUUGAAUCUUGUUGUUCAAGAUGGUAUUUCUGCAAUUAAAACCAUUGUUGAUGAUGUUAGGAAUAGUGUGCGAUUUAUUAAUCAGUCUGAGUCUAUGUUGAUGAAGUUCUCUGAAAUUGUGCAUCAUUUGGGAAAUCCGGUGAAAAAGUUAGUUCUUCAUUGUGUUACUCGUUGGAAUUCUACAUAUGAAAUGUUAGUUGUGGCCCUUAAACUUAAGGAUGCAUUCCCAAUAUUUGCACAAAGAGAGCCUUCAUAUAAAUGUUGUCCUAGCUUGGAAGAUUGGACUAGAAUACAUGAUGUUCUUAGCAUCUUAGAGGUGUUUUAUGAAGCUACUCAAGUGAUCUCUGGAACUAACUAUCCCACUUCUAAUGUUUUUCUUGGUGUUGUUUGGAGGGUCAAGCAUGUCUUAAAUGAAAAUGAGUUUCAUCAUGAAGAGGUCAUUAGAAAUAUGAUUGAAAAGAUGAAAAAAUUUGACAAAUAUUGGGGUGAUUGCAAUCUUUUGAUGUCUAUUGGAGCAAUACUUGAUCCUAGGUACAAAAUGAGGUUGGUUGAUUUUGCUUUCAACCAAAUAUAUAAUGCAAAUGAUGCAAGUGCAAAUGUGAAGAAUGUUAGGGAUGCAUUACAUGACUUGUUUUAUGAAUAUGUUGAAAUUGAUAACAUGAGAAAUCAAAGAGGUAGUUCUUAUGUGACACAUACAGUGUUGAAGAUGUAA